AUGGCCAGCUUAUUCCGCUUUGCUCUGGGCUUCUGCUUUACCACGGUGGUCCUUGCUGCUUCCUCCACUUCUUCGUCCUCCUCGGCCACUUCUUCAAGAACUUCGACGUCAGCCCCAGCCGCGGCUUCGGCGUCGUCUGCGGCCACGCCCGAUGACACUGCUCAAUUUGGAACCGUCCAGCAGAUCUUGGGAAAUAUGGAUCGAACGGACAUCGACUUUGCCGAUGGCUUGGCCAUUGACGUGCUGUCUCCCAAGAAUCGUACAUUUGUCGUGACGCAGAACAAGAAUCCCCUGGGCGCCCAGUUCGUCACCAACUCGACCGGCGAGAACUUCACCGCCUUGCUUCCGUACUCCUACGUCAUAAAGCUCAAUGAGACCGCCCAAGAUUUGAUCGGUAAGGUAGAGCUGCCGUACGAUCCAGCGCAGCUGGCUGCUACUGGAUUCAACCCGGCCAACACGUACGUGGGAAGGUUGGCUCCUGAUGGCAAGUCGUGGGACAUUAUGGAGAAUCAGCGCAACGUUCACGUGACGGAGAACAAGACGAGGAUAAUCAAGAUGACGAGCAUGGAUGGCGAAUACCUCUUGCUCGGGCGCAAGUCUACUGACACGGCAAACAUUUUCGUUCAAUACGGCCAAGGGGAAACCCGCACGGCCAACUUCACCGGUGGGCCAGGAGUCCAGCAGUCCGAAUUCAUCGACGGCUUGCGCUUCACCGUGGAAGCCAACAGCCCGAUACGCAUGAACGUCGAGAUCAGGAGUCCUGUGAACACCAGUCAGAUCCCCGCAGGAAUGCGUCUGCUAAACAGCUUUUCGUACGUCGUGAACACGUCGACCCCGACGGCCACGAAUCAAUCGGCUCUUCGAAGCGCCAAGAUCGACUUCCCCAUCAAUCCUGCGCUGCUCAGCCGAGCGCUGGGCAGCGGACAAGCCGGAAACGGCACUGCGCGGACCCAGCGAGCCGACGUCGAAAGGGCCGAGGUCAUGAUCGCCAGGCGCGACAGCGGCGCGACGAACGCCAAGUUCGCCGCCGUCUCCAAGCAGACGACGAAGCUAUCCGGUGCAGUCGACAAGGUUCAGCUUCAGCAGACCACGUCGUUGGAUGGAGAGUACGUCCUUCUUGUCUCGCCCACCACGCAGUCCGUCGGGGAACAAGCCAACGGCGGCCAGGAGAAGAAGUCAGUCGCUUCGGCGGCCACGGGCCGCUUUACUGUCAGACCAUAUCUGGGCUCGACGCUGCUCUCUUUCCUGGGCGUACUCAUGCUAUUGCUGUAG